AUGGUUAGUACGACAGUUCCUCACUACGCAAUUUAUGAUGUAAAUGCUGAAGAAGAUUUUAAUGACAAGGUAUUCCAAUGUAAUAAGCCCGUUGUUGUGGACUUCCAUGCCAGUUGGUGCGGACCUUGCAAGGUACUUGGUCCUCUACUGAAGAAAUUUAUUGAUGAAUCAAAGGAAAAAGUAGACUUGAUCAAGGUUGAUAUUGAUGAAGCCCCGGAUAUUGCCUUAGAACAUGAGGUGUCAGCUGUGCCGACCCUCUUGUUUAUUCAAAAUGGAAAAAUUGUAGACAGAUCAGUAGGGCUAGUUCCUGAGAAUGACCUAAAGACGAAAAUUACGGAACUAUCUGCCUAA